AUGUCCCUGGAAAUGGAAUACUAUAGUCAAAGCCCCCUCGAUACCUUCCCCCUGGAAAUGCAGCCAGAGAUCACCAAAGGAUUGCUCGGCCUCCCCACAAACCUCACUGAUGCUGCAGAGCUGGCAACCACCAAAGGAUUCAGACUGUUUGCUAAAGCCAUUGGGCAAAAUACUCCUGAUAAAAUGGCAAUAAUCUGGAUCAAAGCUGCUCUACAACACAUCCUAGCAGAAGCGGAAAUACUGCUUGAAGAAGCCAUAGCAAUUCGAGUAAUUGGGUUGAUCAAGCCCAACUCAAAUUGGUGCAUGAUCAACACAACGAAACGAGCCCUGGAAGCAGUAAAGAACAUCAGGGGAAUGUUUGACCACUGUGCGCAAGUCCUCAUUCUACUCCGGCAAUGGACAACACAGGUCCCGAGGGACCAGACCCUAUGUUUUCUAGGCCUGGUCACUGCAUACGACACCAAUGAACACACAACUCAAGACUCAGUUCAGAACUUCACAACACAAAUCAACAGGAUGCUCAAAGAGAACAAACAUGACGCAAAGGGUUUUAAUGAGCCUCCUCACGCCUCUCCUUUCAGGAUCAAGUUUGACAAUACAUUGUAUGAAGAUGAGGACGAAUAUGAAGAGGAAUAUGACUCUACAGCCAUCAAGAUUGAAGAAGCUGAAGAGCCUGACAUUCUAACACGCCUCAGGUCCUUCUCAAGACCUUAUGGUUCACCUCAUGAGCUUGACCCUCAAGCCAAAAGAGUAUAUCCCAGCUUAUCUAAAGAUACAUUUAUUCAGAGACUAAGUUCGCCUAAGGCUCUGCAGUUUGUAUCUGAUAACAUACAUGGCACCGUUUCCCGUGAAGAGUUCACUUUUGACUUGGAGAAACCCGCCAACAUCCUAUACCCAACAAGCAUGCCAACAGAAUACUACAUCAGCAAUGGCAAAAAGUGGUGA